CGGUUUGGAGUAGCGUUGAUCACAACCGACACAAGGCGAAAGCAAGAGCUAUGUCUCCAGAGGAUGAACGCCACAGUCCCCCGCUUGGUUUCAGCUCGACCAGGGACGAUACCACUCUGAGCUGUGGGGAUCUAACUAGCUCUCACGAGCUGGGGAGAAGGAGCAAAGCAAGCAGCAGUCUCCACACGAGAACCCCAGAGACGGACAUCAACUGUCAUGGAGACUCUGCAGAUGGAAAAAGCCCUUUCCUGAAAACACUGUUGGAUGCAGAAGCAGCUGCCAACUCUGCCGCCAUACAACUCGUGUCUUUUAAAGAUGCCAUGGAAGAUGAAUUUGCUGAUUCACAGUCUGCUAUUAAUAAGCGCCGGAUUACAAGACAGAGAGGACUUCUGCUGGAGAAGUUGGAGGAUUUUAGACGGAUAAAUAAGUCUGUUAGACAGAAGCUGAAACUGCUCCAAGAUGUUGAGGCUGAUCGAAUUGAUGCUGAACGCCAAACUGACGUGUUAUUGAAAAAGAUCACACAGGCUGAGAGGGAAAAUGAGAAUUUAAAAAGAGACUUGAUUGAGACAGAAAGUAAAGUUGAGGAACUGAUGAACCUGCGGAGAGAGGAGCAGGAGAACAUAAAAAGUGCAGUUUACGUAACCAAAUCUGUGGAGGCGAUUCGUGCUCACCUGCAGGGGCAGCUGCGCAACAAGGAAGCCGAAAACAAUCGUCUGACUGUGCAGCUUCGGACUCUGGAGAGAGCCCUGACCGAGCAGAAGAUGGAGAUUGAUGAUCUGAGAGGCUCCAUCACGUCUUUGACUGAGAAGGCAGCACAGGACAAAGAAUCUCUGAAGAAAGCCACCCGAGCACAGAAAGUGAGAGCCGAGAGAUUUGAGGCUGCUAUUGAGAAAUGCUACACGCAACUGAAGGAAAAGGAUGCUCAGCUGGUCAGCGCCCGUUUGGAAAGAGACUCCAGAAGACGGCAAAAUGAGCUUGAGUUAGAAGAGAAAGAGAAGCUUGUUGCUCAUACAGAGCUGUUGAAAAGUCAAAUUGCGGACAUGACAGCGAGGCUGCAGAGGGAGAAGGAUGAGCUCGCUGCCGCUAAUGAAAUUGUGAUGCAACGUGUUGAAAAACUCAGCACUGAAAACGGAAACCUCAGCGUCAAUAAUGCAACGCUCAAGGUGUCUGUUGCUCAGCUGGAGCAGCAGCUGGCUGAUUGUGAGUCCGCACUGGUAGAAGAAAAGGUUUUGUCUCAGGAGAAGAAACAUCAGACCGAACAGUUCCAAGAUCAGGUUUCACAGCUUGAAGCUGAAAUUGACGAUCUGAAGAUAAAAUAUGCAAAUCUGUUAAGAGACGUAGAGAAGACACAAGAUGGAAAAGAUACAGAAGUUGAGAAGGUGAGGCAGGAGCUGCAGGGGCGUGUGGACCAGCUGAAGUCUUACCCCGAGUUACUGAGUGCAGCUGAGCAGAGUCUCUUCGAGUGCCAGGAGAGCCUGCGACGCUCAGAGAGGACGUGCUCAGAAAAGUCAGAGUCCGUUAGGCAACUGCAGGUUAAGAUGGAGAGUCAGGCAAAGCUGCUGAGAUCGUCUGUGGAGAUGAAAGAGUCCAUUCAUGAUGCCAAUGCACAACUACACGAGAAAGUGAAUUAUCUUCAAAAGAAGAUGGACACGCUGCAGCAGGAGAACCUGGAGCUGGUGCGAAGGCUUGCAGCUCAGGAGGAAGCCUUCGGCUACAGUAACCGGCAGCUGGAUCAACGCUCGUCAGAGUGCCAGGCCCUCAGCCGGCAGCUGGAGGCGGCUCUAUCAGACGUCAAACAUCAGGUCGACAAGGUUAAAGACCAGGCUGCCUCCAGAGAAGAGACCCUUCAAACCAAAAUCCUGGAGCUGGAAGCAGAAAAGAGCCGAAGAGACAACGAGCUGAGGCUUCUUCGCCAGAGCAAGCUCACUGCUGAGAAACAGUUCCAGGUGCGCCUGAAGGACCUGCAGCUCAGCCUCGACCAAUCAGAGAGCCACAAGCAGAGCAUCCAGAACUACGUUGAUUUCCUCAAAAACUCUUACACCACUAUGUUUGAUGAGGGAUUGCAAGCAUCAACUUUUGGAUCAUCAUAUUUUCUAAAAUGAUAAGGGAUUUAUUUAUUUAUUUUCAUUUUAAAAUGUAUUUGUAAGUUUGUGUUUAAUUUAAUGUUUGCUGUAAUAUUUAUUUGUAGAAAUGAGAAUGGAGGCAAUAAUUUGGAUAUCUAUAUCUACAUUUAGUUGACAAUCUGGGACUUAUUCCCAGCCAGAUAUCAGGGAAAUCUGCUGUUGUUGUGAGAGGUUUUUGAUAUCAGUUUUUAGAUCGUGUCUCAAAAGACGUUAUAUAAUAUUUUUACUUGUGAGUGCAAAUUUGGGACUGUGAACUUUUGGUGCUACUGUGUGUUAUUACCAAAUGACAAAGGAGCCAGCUGCAUAAAUUAAGGAGAUCUUUCAGUAAGGCUCGGUCCAACGUCAUAAAUUUAGUUUUUUUUUCAC